AUGGCGUCUACAAAUUUCUUAACCGUAAAAACGCAUUUAUCUGAAUUUAAAAAUAAUUCGGAUAGAGAUACAAUGAGCGAGGCAUCGGAAAGUGGUACGAGCAAUUCUGUGACGUCAGCAGAAGAUUUGCAAAAACUGGCGGUGAUACUCGGAUUAAACAGUGCUGAAGAUGUUUAUCAGGAAAGAUUUCGCGUGGAUAGGCGAAGACUGGAGGGGAUGUUGGCUGAAAAUUUAGAAGAAUCGCAAACGGCUCAAGCUUUUUUUCAUAGGGUGAUGAAUGAAACGAAUACGUUAAUAAAUUGGCCAGCGCGGUUGAAAAUAGGUGCCAGAUCUAAAAAAGAUCCUCAUGUGCGUAUAGCUGGUAGACCAGAUGAUGUUAAACUAGCCCGGGAAAAGAUUAUGCAAGUAUUGGAUACCAGGAGCAAUCGAGUUACAAUGAAGAUCGAUGUUAGCUACACCGACCAUUCGCAUAUUAUUGGGAAGGGCGGGCUCACAAUCAAACGCGUGAUGGAAGAGACGGGCUGCCACAUCCACUUUCCGGAUUCGAACCGCACCAGCACCAUGGAGAAGAGCAACCAAGUGUCAAUAGCCGGUGAUAUGGAGAGAGUGGAACAGGCCAGGGCACGUGUACGGGCGCUGACGCCGCUGGUGUUCUGCUUCGAGCUGCCGAUCGUGGCGCCCUCGCAGCCGCUGCCCGACAUCAGUUCGCCUUACGUGCAGCAAGUGCAGGAACAGUACAACGUGCAGGUGAUGGUGCGCAAUCGUCCAAAGCUACACGCGAACCUGUUAGUGGUGAAAGGAGUUCAGUGGGAAGUGCAGGCCACCAUGGAGGCCACCGGACUGCUUAUGAACUACAUGUGCGGACCCUUAGCUAGCCAGACGCAAGUGCAGAUGAGCGUGGAGAUAUCGGCGAUGCACCACGGCGCGGUGGUGGGGCGCGGCGCCGAGCAGCUGAAGGCCAUCAUGCGCGCCACGCGCACGCAGAUCAUGUUCCCCGACGCCGACGACCCCAACAUCCCCGCGCUGCGCAAGAGCUGCGUCACCAUCACGGGACACAUGAAGGACGUCUACGCGGCGAGGCAACAGCUUGUGGGCAGCCUCCCUCUCGUGGUGAUAUUCGACGUGUCGGAAGAAGCGUGUCGCAUAGAUAACGACGCGGCAGCGAAACUGAUGCAGAAGCACAACGUAUACAUCAGUAUACGUCGCAAGCCAAAGCAGGGCAUCGCUUCAGUUGUAAUAAAAGGCAUCGAGAGAUGUGCUAGUGACAUCUACGAAGCCCGGCGCGAGUUGCUGGGCGGCAAGGAGCCCGUGAUCACUGCGAAGAUCCCGGAGUCGUACAACAUUCCGUGCAUGUCCGCGGGCGCGAUCAACUUCGGCGCCUUCAACCCGUUCUCGCCCAGCAGUGGCGGGGCCGCGACGCCGUGCUCGCCGUUCCUGGAGCUGGGCUUCAGCAGCCCGCUGCUGGCGGCGCCGCUGUCGCCCACGUCGCCGCCGGCGUUCCCUGCGCUGGCUGCCCACGCGCCCCUCACGCCGCACGCCGCGCACGCCCCGCACGCCCCCCACACCCCCCACACCUCGCACGCGCCCUGGCUGAUCCCGUCGCCGCAGCCGCGUGCACAGAUCCACUUCCCCGCGCCACACAACGCUCCGCUCAUGUACAAGAACCAGCCCGCUUCAUGGAACCCGAUGUGCGCAAGCGGAGAAAUGGGCGGCAUGCAGCAGCCGGUUGUGAUGCAGCCGCCUUACCAGCAAAUGCCGGCUGAUGGCAGGCCCAUAACACUAAGCCAGUUGCUGAACUCGAGCUCGCAGGCGAGCAGCGGAUACCAGAGCAACUUCACCGGCAGCUCCGUGUCGCUCGACGCACAGAACUUAUCCGGCGGCGACGGCAGCAACGUGGUGUCGCCGUCCGUGUCGCCCAUCAGCAAGACGCAGAGCCCCACCCCUUCCGCAGACAACGACCGCUCCCAGCAAGAGCUGGCGAGCCUGAUCUCUGAACUGCCCCUGUCGGCCCGCCGGGCGGUGGGCUGCGAGAAGAAGACUCUGCAGAGUCUGGGCAAGCUGUCGCCGCUCGCAGACUACCGCAAGCAGAGAGCCGACGCCGACAAGGCCAUGCGUGAAAACAUCGGCAACGGAUAUCGUAUACCGACGGGACGCUGGUCCGGAUAUUACUUCAGCCACACUUCGCCCGGACCGAUCUCGCUGAACGACAACGAAGGAUUGACCACGCCUGAAAAGGGCUGGAACAGAUCGGAACUGGUGCGUCCAAACAUCGUGGAAACGCUCGCCUCUCCUCCGCAGGCUACAAAGAAGACGUGCCGUUACCAACAGCUGUACGAUUUACUGCGCGAUAUUGGACUACAGAAGUACAUAGAUCUAUUCAAGAAGCACGAAUUGGACAUGUCUACGUUCGCGUCUCUCAACGAAGCUGACCUCGCUGAGAUUGGAGUAACCGCUUUUGGCGCGCGCAGGAAGAUGCUGCUAACCAUCGCCGAGCUGCAAAAACAAACGAACGCGUUCAAAAGUAACGGAACACCGUCAGAGAGGAAACUGAUCAAUUCGCCACCGCAGUACAACACUGCGACACUUUCUCAAGACAAAUGGUAA